UGUCAAAAUAUUUGAAAAAUUAUCAUACGCACACAAGGUACUUCCGAAAUAAGAUGAAAAGGUUAAUUGUUUGAAAUCAUUUGUCAUAAAUUUAAUUGUUAAUUUUCAAAAAAUAGGAAAAUGGAGGAAAAUUAUGAAAUAGAAAACGAAAAAUUUUAUACGGAUGCAGUGAAAUAUUGGGAUAAAAUUCCUCCCACGGUAGAUGGUAUGCUUGGAGGUUUUGGUUUUACUUCACAAACUGAUAUACAAGGAUCAAAAGCUUUUUUAAAUUGUCUUUUUAAGUUGACGAUUCCCCCCCAGAAUACGUAUUGUUUAGAUUGUGGAGCUGGAAUUGGAAGAGUUACAAAGAAUUUGCUUGUAAAUUAUUUUAAAAAAGUUGAUCUCGUUGAGCAAAAUCCGAAAUUUCUAGAUGUAGCGAAAAAGGAUCUCGAAGAUUAUCCUGAAAAAAUUGGUGAAUUUUAUCCUUCAGGACUACAAGUAUUUUGCCCUACAUCAAACUUGUACGACGUAAUAUGGUCGCAGUGGGUUUUAAGUCAUCUUAGUGACGAAGAUUUGAUUAAAUUUUUAAAGAAUUGUGUGAAUGGAUUAAACGAAAAUGGAGUUAUUGUAGUCAAAGAAAAUGUAUGCAGCUUGGAUAAAAUAGAUAUUGAUACUGAAGAUUCUUCAGUUACACGGCCAUAUGCGGAGUUGACGAACAUAUUUAAGAAAGCCGGUUUAAUUUGUAUUAAAGAAGUAAAGCAGAAUGGUAUGCCACGCGGUCUGUAUCCUAUUUAUAUGUUCGCGUUAAGACCUCACAAAAAUAAUGAAAAGACUAGUUGUACGUAGCAUGUAAUUUGUAUAGAAUUAUUUUAUUACUUUACAAUAAAUGAAACAAAUUUUUUAAAAUAA